GAUACCAAGCCAAGGUCAGGUAGACAAAGAAAGAUUGCAGCUACAACUGCCAGAAGAAUUGUUGUAAGAUGUCGGCUCAGUCAUGUUAUCAGCUGUGUCCAAUCACAGCUGAUCACAUCAGUGCCACCUGUCAGUGUCCAUCAGUGCCAGCUCUCAGUGCUCAUCCAUGCCACCUGCCAGUGCCCAUCGAUGCCACAUCAGUGCCCCAUCAAUGCCACAUAUCAGUGCCCAUCUGAACUGCCUUUCAGUGUCACCCAUCAGUGCCAGUCAGUGCCAUCUAUCAAUGCCAGUCAGUGCCACCUAUCAGUGCUGCUAAUCAGUGCCCCCUAUCAGUGCCAGUCAGUGCCGCCUAUCAGUGUUCAUCAGUGCCGCCGAUCAGUGCCUGUCAUCAGUGCCACCUAUCAGUGCCAUAUAUGAGUGCUGCCUUUCAGUGCCCAUCAGUGAUGCCU